AUGAGAUCUCCUGGAUUGGUGAAGCUAGGUCUUGCUGUAAUGGAGAAGCUGUCAACGCUUCUGUUGAGUGCAGCCACUAGCUCUGAUAAACAACACCAUCUAGCUUCUUGUGUGAUUGAAUUCAAGUUACUUGCGACUCCGAAUGGCCAAAAAGGACGAGAGAUGUUUUCGCAGUAUAUUCACUGCGCCCUUGAGAGGCUGGCCACUUGCAUUCGACAAUACUAUCCUAGUGUCUUUGGCACGGCCUAUAUCAUCAACCCCUGUGAUGAUUAUCUCGCAAACCUUGAUAUCUACGAGGCUCUUUUGAAAGAUACGGUACUUUUGAAUGACCCAGAAGACCUUCAUAAAUACCUUGGCUCGCAAAUUCCGUCCCGAUAUGGUGGCUCAGUGGAGUUUUCCGCGGAGUUAGACUUUCUUCGAGAUCCCUGUGGUGGGGCAGAUCCAAAAAGCAUUCUGAGUCUGGAAUUGCUAGAUAUCCUUGCAGGCGAGGAAAAUGACAUGGAGACCACCAGGACGGAGAACGUAAGGGAGAAAGAGAGUCAAAUGACUCCGGCAAUGAGCACUCCCUGCACUGGCUCCGAAGAGCCAGAUAUUGAGCAAAGUCAACUUCGCUUGAUAUUUUCAGAAGUGAUUGGGCCUCCGUCUUUCGUGCUUGACCCCGUCGAUCUUCAGAAAGCAGAAGAUCUUUGCCGUGGCAAAAUGGGAGCCCGGGUUGUGUUUGCAGAUUCAGACAUGGUUGUCAAGUUUGGCCAUGGUUUGGGCCUAGGAGAAGCCGAAGCGAUGCAUCUGGCAUCUACACGCACGAGCAUAGCAGUACCGAAACUCAUCAAUGCAUAUAUCCUUGAUGGCGUUGGAUACAUUGUUAUGUCGUACGAGGCGGGUGAGCCGCUUGAGCAAUAUUUGGACCGCGUACCCAAGUGUGACCAAGAUCGCACAGUACAGCAGCUUCGGGACUACGUGAGCCAAAUGCGAAAUAUCACAGGGGAUUUCAUUGGUGGAGUCGACGGAUCACCCUGUCGAGACGGCAUUUUCGAGGCCGGUUUGGGCGAUUACACCAAAUACAGCUACGGUCCAUAUCCCAACGAAGCAAGCUUCAACGAAGGCCUUGUGCAAGCAUUGCAAGAUCGACUGCCAAAGGAAUUCGUCAGAAAGGAGCAAGAGAAAGGCCUGGAAUCGAUGUUUUUCAAUUCAGAAUACAUGCUUUACCAGACUGUUCGUACCCUCAAAAACCACAAGAUCGUGUUUACACAUGGGGAUCUGCACACUGGCAAUAUCAUUGUUCGGGCCGAUGGCACUGUUGUGUUGUUAGAUUGGGGCCUCGCUGGAUUUUGGCCGGAAUAUUGGGAGUUUUACAGGGCCAUGCAUUGUUACCACUGGAGAGCCCCGUGGACUCGCACGGUGGAAGAGUUUAUUCCACCAUUUUAUCUCGAGUACAGCCUAAUCAGAAGGGUAUUUGCAACGGUGUGGAACUAG